UCUGAAGAGUCCUCCCGACGCGGUUCAUACUCCAGCAGAGCCGGGCAGAGAUGUGCAGAACCGCUCUUUCCGGACCAGAUGCCAGUGGCGAGCGCAGGUGAAAAAUUUUAGAUCUCUCGCAGACAAAUCGAUUUAUGCUUACCGCGUUGGGGCUUUCGGUGCGUAACUCAAUUCUGGUGUGUUUCUGCCUGUGCUUAUUUGCCUGGUCCGCGACUGGCCGCCACUCGCUCUGGUUUCUCCCAACGCUCUUCGCUCUCCUCCCACCGCUCCGCUCCUCCCACCGCGCUCUUCUAUUCUGCAGCGGAAUAUCAAUUGCAGCUCAAUUGUCUGGCUCGUGGUCAAUUGCGUCUACUGGCUGAUUCAAGUACUAGCCACCCGCCCGAAACCCCCCGUAGUCCUCGUCCUUGCCUGCCAGUAUCUCCGAAAAUUAGC